CCCCAUGGGGCAUCGGCGAACAGAGUCCCUUUCGAGGCUCACGUCAUGAGCAAAUGCCCAGAUGCUCGGGAUUGCUUGCAGCAGCUGGUUAUACCUGCUAUGGAACAAAUCAGCGAUAAGGUCGAUUUCGAGCUGUCGUUCAUUGCAAAUGUAUCCAACUCGACCUCCGACGUAGAAUGCAUGCAUGGCCCUGGUGAGUGUAUCGGGGACAUGCUUAUUCUCUGUGCCGCGAAUCUGCCUUUCCCAUCUGACGGCUCGAACACCUACCCCCGUACCCCCGUCAUUCGAUCUCUCGGCUAUGCCAACUGUCUCAUCGGAGAUUAUCCUGAUAUCCCGGAUAGGAAGCUAGUUGAGCAGUGCGCUUUGGAGCAUGGUAUCGAAUUCGAUGCUCUGAACAAGUGUGCCAGCGAACAGAAUGAUGAGAUCCGCGGUGGUGAUGAAAAGUCUCCUCUCAGUGGACUUGGUCUUCUUCGGGAGAGUGCAAGCCACAGCGCCGAGCUUGGUAUCUCGACGAGCUGUACGGUUCGCUUGGACGAAUCUGUUUGGUGCGUUCGGGAUGGAGGAGCAUGGAAAGAUUGCGCCAAAGACGGGAAAGGCAGUGAUGUCUCAGUGCUCGUUGAUGAGAUAAAGCGACUCUAUGGGGAGAGGAACUAG